AUGCCGGCCGACUAUACAUCUACCGCCCGUGCUUUAUCGCUUUCAACCUCUCCGCGACCACUCUCUCCAUCGGCCGACGACUCCUAUCCGCCAUGGAGCCACCGUGGCCCCGGGGGGCGAAAUGCCACGAAUCUACCGAAUAAAGAAUCUCUUCGAAAUCGAAUUGUGAACCGAGCGUCCGAAACGUCGCGGCGUAUGAUGGCCGCAUGGCGUAAGAUGAACUUUUGGCAGAGAGUGGCGACCGCGUUAGCGGUUGUAUUUAUUAAUCUUUUGGGGGUGGGCUUUCUAAUCUUCACGGGGCAAAUCUUUGUCUGGCUGCAGCCUGUAGCCGCAAAGUGGGAGCAUUCCGCACUGGCGUUUUUCGUCCUCUGGUUGUGUGUGUUUUUCGUUGCUCUGCCGCCGUUGGUGGGGUGGUCUACAUUUGGAACCAUAUCCGGGUAUAUCUUUGGUGUCUGGAAGGGCUGGGCGCUUUACGCUACAGCGACAGUGCUAGGGUCGACGUGCUCCUUCAUCGUAUCCCGGACCGUCCUGUCUCGAUUUGUCCACCGGUUGAUGGAACGUGACAAGAGAUUUGCCGCUCUUGCUCUGACCCUCAAGUACGAUGGAUUGAAAUUACUGUGUAUGAUCCGUCUUUGCCCCUUGCCAUACUCCGUGUGCAACGGCGCUGUUUCCACCUUCCCGACGGUCCACCCGCUGAUGUAUGGUCUUGCGACGGCGAUCGUGACGCCAAAACUUCUGGUCCCGGCUUUUAUUGGCAGCCGACUACGGUUGCUUGCGGAAAAAGGUGAGGAGAUGAGUGCGGGCUCGAAAGCGGUGAAUAUCUGCAGCAUCAUUAUUUCGAUUGCCGUUGGCAUUUUCACUGGUUGGUAUAUAUAUAGACGAACCUUGGCGCGAGCCAAAGAAUUAGAAGCCCAGGAGAGAGCGGGGAUUCGCCGUUCUCUCGAAAUUGAUCACGCUGCCCAACGUCCCCAUCGCGCAUUCUCGGAGGACCCAGAAGCCAACCUUGCUGCCACCACCCUUGCUCGUGACGAGGAUGAGCGCCUUGGAUUUCACGAUUUCGACGAUGAUCACGUCGACCUAUUCAUCGACGAGGAGAGCGGCAGGGUGAUGUCCCCCCGUCAUAUGAAGACGCGGUCCCAAGAACCGUACCAUGACGAAUUUACAGACAGUAACUCUGACGUCUUCAGGGAUGGAGAUGGCUCAGAGGGUGAGAUGUACAGUCUACAUACGCAUGUGCGAGCGGAUUCGGGCUCAUAG